AUGCCCGUUCCGAAGAUCUAUUGUGCCUUUGAGCGCAAGGGCAUUACGUAUAUUGUAAUGUCUCGUCUCAAGGGUUUGCCAAUUGGCAGUAACUGGUCUCAGCGGUCCGAUCAGUCAAAGAAGAAACUUUUAGAGCAACUUAAAGGUUAUAUUGAUGAGAUGCGCUCCUUGAAACCUCCAGCUGUAGGCGUGGUUGAGGGUGUUAAUGGCACCAUGCUCUAUGACCUGAGAGUUUCCAGUGACAUGGAAGGAUAUGGGCCAUUCGAUAGCAUCCCAAGCUUUCACUCUUUUCUUACAAAUGCGGUCGAACAGUCCACAGAUCAAUUUCCAGAGAUCAAUCAAUUAUUGUCAAUGUACCAAACCUCACAAUUUACAACAUGUUUCACGCAUGGCGAUUUGAACAGCGCAAAUAUUCUUGUCGAUGGGGACAGAAUUUCAGGAAUUGUGGACUGGGACACCUGUGGUUGGUAUCCAGAAUAUUGGGAAUAUACAACUGCUUGGAAUGUCAAUCCUUACAAUGAAUUUUGGCGAGAAGAGGUUGGUAAAUUCCUUGUGGAAUACCCAGAUGCUCUGAGGAUGGAGGAAAUACGGCGGAAAUAUUUUGGGGACUUUUGA